AUGGCCGGCGUAGAGGGUGAGAGAAAAUACGUGAACGAUGGCAAACUUAUUAACAUGAUGGUCAUUCAUAUUGAGAAUGAUGGUUUAAAGCUUAAUAUUGUUGUUCUUGGAGAGAUGGUGGACCGGAUCAAGUAUUUUCUGGCAUCGGGCGAUCAACAACUGCCAAUAAUUAUUUUUCAAUUUGCAAGAGUAAAAAAUGCUGGAGGUACCAAUAUUGUGCAGAACAUUAUGUAUGGUACUAGACUCUUGAUAAAUCCAGAUAUUCCUGAGGCUUUGAUGCUUCGAAAAAGUGUGUACUAUAGAGAGAUCUCGCAGUACCUAUCUGUGAUUUCUGGCAAACCAGCAUAUCUUGAUGAAGAUGAAGUUUUAUAUUCCACUGGGAGGAAGACAAUAAAGGAGUUACGUACUGCUACGGAUGUUGGAUUCUAUGUUGUUCGGGCCACUGUUCUUGAUGUUGAACCCGUUCCAAGUUGGUGGUAUAAAUCAUGUGUUUGCAGCGUGAAGGCAGAAGCUAAUGCGGAUGAAUACUUCUGCGAUGGCUGUAAUGGGAACGUGAAUAAUGUGGUUGACAGGUAUAAGUUAAAUUUGUUGGUUUUUGAUGGUACUGGUACAACGAACUUUGUUGUGUUCGAUAAAGGAGGUCGCAGCUCUAUUCGGACGAACCUGUACUGA